CUCCGCCUCACCCAGCCUUGGCUGAGCUCCGGCCCUCUCGUCCCAGGCGGUGGGUCUCUGACUGCUGCGGGCUUCUGCCUCCGCUUGGCCUCCCGCCCUAAGAGCACUUGCUGGCUGGGAUUCUCUCUCAACAUGAGGUCCUCUCUGCAGGCAGUGGCACUCUGGGGAAAGAGGGCUCCUCCUCACACCAUCACUGCCAUCAUGGUCACGGAUGACCAGCAAACAAUUGUGACUGGAAGUCAAGAGGGUCAGCUGUGUCUCUGGAGUCUCUCACCUGAACUAAAGAUUUCGGCCAAGGAACUUCUAUUUGGUCAUUCAGCUUCAGUAACCUGUUUGGCAAGAGCGAGGGAUUUCUCUAAACAGCCCUAUGUCGUUAGCGCUGCUGAAAAUGGGGAGAUGUGUGUUUGGAAUGUCACCAACGGACAGUGCGUGGAGAAGGCCACACUUCCUUACAGGCACACUUCAAUCUGUUAUUACCACUGCUCAUUCCGGAUGACAGGAGAAGGUUGGCUUCUGUGCUGUGGAGAAUAUCAAGAUGUUCUUAUAAUUGAUGCCAAAUGUUUGGCUGUCAUUCACACUUUUAUAUCAUCGCAGUCUCCUGAUUGGAUCAACUGCAUGUGCAUUGUUCAUUCCAUGAGAAUUCAAGAAGAUUCUCUCUUGGUGGUUUCAGUAGCUGGUGAGCUCAAAGUAUGGGACCUCUCUUCAUCUGUCAACAGCAUUCAGGAAAAGCAGGAUGUCUAUGAAAAGGAAUCCAAAUUUCUUGACUGUCUGAACUGCCGGACAAUACGAUUUUGUACAUAUACAGAGAGACUUCUUUUGCUGGUAUUUUCUAAAUGUUGGAAGAUUUAUGAUUAUUGUGAUUUUUCCCUUCUGUGGACUGAAGUCAGUAGAAGUGGGCAGUUCUUUGCUGGUGGAGAGGUGCUUGCUGCUCACAGAAUCAUUAUCUGGACAGAAGAUGGUCACAGUUAUAUCUAUCAGCUGCUGAACAGUGGGCUUUCAAAAAGCAUAUGUCCUGCUGAUGGAAGAGUGCUUAAACAGACUAUGUAUCCUCACUUACUGUGCUCUACUUCUGCGCAGGAAAAUAAGAACCUUCCCUUUGUUAUGGGCUACAUGAAUGAAAGGAAAGAGCCUUUUUAUAAGAUACUUUUCUCUGGAGAAGUCUCAGGAAGAAUUACUUUGUGGCACAUCCCUGAUGUUCCUGUAUCCAAGUUUGAUGGUUCUCCCAGAGAGAUAACAAUAACUACCACCUGGACCCUUCAAGAUAAUUUUGAUAAACAUCAUACCAUGUCACAAAGUAUUAUUGACCACUUGUAUGGGUCUGAAGAUGGGGCUGGAGCUGCAGUCGUCACUUCAUCAGAGUAUGUUCCGAGUCUCGAUAAACUGAUAUGUGGCUAUGAAGACGGGACAAUUUUCAUUACACAGGCUUUGAAUGCUGCCAAAGCAGGACUUCUAGAAGGAGGUUCUUUAUUAAAAGAUUCCCUUCCUCAUAAAGUUCUCAAAGGCCAUCAUCAAAGUGUUACUUCAUUACUUUACCCACAUGGUUGCUCUUCAAAAUCAGACCAAAGUUGGCUGGUGUCUGGGGACCAGGACUCAUGUGUCAUCUUGUGGGAUAUCUUUACUGAAGAAAUUUUGCAUAAGUUCUUUUUGGAAGCUGGUCCAGUAACAAGUCUUUUGAUAUCACCAGAGAACUUCAGACUGAGAAGUGACCAGGUAAUCUGCUGCGUGUGCAGUGACCAUUCUGUGGCUCUCCUUCAUCUCGAGGGGAAGAGGUGCCUCCUGCGUGCCCGGAAGCACCUUUUCCCUGUGAGGAUGAUAAAGUGGCACCCGGUUGAGAAUUUUUUAAUUGUCGGAUGUUCAGAUGAUUCUAUUUACAUCUGGGAAAUUGAAACAGGCACUUUGGAAAGACAUGAAACGGGGGAAAGAGCAAGAAUUAUCCUUAAUUGUUGUGAUGACUCACAGCUUCUUCCAUUUGCCUCAGAGACACAUAAGCACAAAAGUGUAGAACAGAGAUCCUCCAGCUCCUACCAGGUUGGACCAGUACCUGGUCCUGGUCUGCAGGUGGAGUCUUCAUGUAAGGUCGCUGAUGCCAAGUCUUUCUCAGGACCUUUCAAUGUCCUGCCUGUGAAGACAAAGUGGAGUAACAUUGGCUUUCACAUCCUCUUAUUUGAUCUGGAAAACCUCGUUGAACUUUUACUGCCACCUCCGGGCUGCGACGCCGACCCUUCCACUUCGUUCCCCGGCAGUGAGAUCCUGAGAAGAGCCAAAAGCACAGCUGAGAAGAAAUCACUGACGCUGAAAAGAAAUAAAACCGCCUGUGGUCCUCUCUCAGCAGAGGCACAAGCCAAACCUGCUAGCGAAAGCCCAGCCCGAGGAGACAACACUCUCAAGUUCGUGGAAGAAAGCGAUGGCAUUAAAAGGCAGAAGAAGAUAAAGAGCUCCAAAAAGGUGCACCCUAAGCCAUCAAGAAAAGUGGAUGCCAACCUCACCAUAGACACAGCUAAAUUACUCCUAUCUUGCCUUUUGCCAUGGGGAGUGGAUAAAGAAUUAGAUAAUCUUUGCAUUAAGCAUCUCAAUAUUUUAAAGCUUCAGGGUCCUGUUUCUUUAGGACUUGCUUCAAAUGAAGAUCACUUUUCGUUGAUGCUGCCAGGUUGGGAUUUGUACAGUGCUGAAGUGAAAACAGACAAUUCAAAAGUAAAUUUAUUUUCCAGGAAAGUUUUGGACUUGUCAAAUAAAUAUACAUCCGCUCUUCCAAAUCAGGCUGGGAUGCCAAAGGGACUGGAAAAUAAUUGCAACUCUUUGCAAGAGUCAGACACUAUAGUGUAUUUAUUGAACAGGCUGUUUUUAGUUACUAAGCUAGUUAACAUGCCUUUAGAAUUGUCAUGGGGAAUUGACAGUAGUGCUUUCAAAAUGGAAUCUAUACAUAACAAGGUGAAAACUCCUGGGAAUGAUAUUUUGAAUAUUUCAAGCUUCUACAGUUACUUACGAAAUGGUAAGAAUGAAUCCCACAUACCUGAAGCUGACAUCUCACUUUGGAAGCUGAUUUCUUGUUGGAGAGACCAGUCUGUGCAGGUAACUGAAGCAAUACAAGCUGUUCUCUUGGCUGAAGUUCAACAGCACAUGAAAACCUUGAGAAAGACAUCACCAGUCAACAGUCAACCAGUAUUCGUGACAGAGAAUAGUCACUGUGAGAUGGUGCAAAUCCUGCCAAAGGUGGAAUGGGCCCAGGAGCUAGAGUUACAUUGUAUUACAGACACCGUGCCUGUGCAAGCUCCAGACAGUCCAGUCAAGCAUGACAGCGACUCAAACUCGGCAAACUUCCAAGACACCGAGGACAUGCCUGACAGAUGUGUCUUGGAAGAGUCUGAGAGUCCAGGUCAGCCAAGGCAUCAUUCGUGGAUAGCAAAGGUGUGUUCCUGCAAGCUGUGCUAAAUGGAAUCCCAUCUAUAGGAAAUGGAUUUGGACAAGUUAAGAAACCUAAGACAUGCCAUUUGUUUAUCACUAUAUAUAAGCUAUGUUGUUAUUGGUCAGGUUAUCAGGUUGUAGUAGAUUUGCAAUACUUCAGUCAAAGUGUAUUGAAAGUGUAAUUACUGGUUGCAGAUCUGCAAAUUCAUCUAAUUUUAGAAAACCAUUGCCUCAAUCAUUCUAUAUUCCUGCUUCUUACUUUUCUUUUAACAUUUCAAACGAGGAUAUAUGGUUGGAUAUACAAUUUUAACACCCACAGAUACACUUUGAACACUGUUUUAGAUUUCCUUCUAUCUUUUCUGUUCCUGAGUUAUAUAAUAAGCAACAUUAAAACCACAUUGCUUUUCAACAAUAUAACACACAAUGCAUUUAAAUUUAAUGCUGCUUCAAUGUAUUUAAUCUAAAACUUCACUGAAUUUGUUUGAUUUGUUAGGUUAGGACAUUUUGUUUUAGUAGAUGCUUUACUUCAGAUCAAUCACCCUGCAGUAAAUCUCAUCCCUAAGCAUGAAACGUUGUCAACAAAUAGGCAGUUCCAUUUAGUCAUCAGUUAGACCAAAUAAGUGAUACACGGUAUAAUAGGGACCAAUCUUCUGCAGGCAAGUUAAUCUAGACUUCUAAUGACAUAGGCUAAUGUCUUUAACUAAAGGUUGAUCUUGUUGGCCAUAUAGAUGUGAACUAGGGAAGGGGAAUCUACGUAUAGUGCGUCACAAUUGAUCCUUAUCAAGUAUAAACUCUUGUAGUUCUUUUCCCAGAAAGAAUCUUGACUAGCAGGAAUUCUAAAAUAUGCAAAGCAAUAUAAAUAAGAACAGACAUAAAGUGCUCAUCUGUUACUGCUCUUAAAUGAUCUGAUUUAUUUACUGUGAUUUAUAUUGUGUAAUUCCUGGAUUUAUAGAAAAUAAUAAAAAAGAUUAUUAGCAUAUGAAUACAAAUAUUGCCUAAUCUGUAGAAAAAUAGAAAUAGCAUGUUAAAUAUGUAUCUAUAUCUAUGUCUCUAAUAAGGGAGUUCCAGUCACUUCAAUUCAAUAGACAUUUUGGGGGGCACCAGCAUCAGGUCCUGUGCUGUGAUGUAGUGGGCAAAGGAGAGGGGGAGAAGAGAAUGAUAUAAUUCAAAGAGCAUGAUCCCUACCAUAAAGGAGCUUUUAAUUAAUGAUUGACAUGAAUGAAUAUACCACAACAUAUACAUCAAAUGAGUGUGACUCCUUUAAAGUAGACAAAAUUGUGUGUUUUCUUUUUUUCCCCUAAAAUAUAAUACCAUUGCUUGAAAUUACUUUUGAGUUAUACUUCACAAACAGCAACAUACUGUCAAUAUGAAAAACCAGGGAAAAUGGCCAUCCCUUGAAAAUUGACAUAUAUACUUUCCUUUCUUUUGGAAAUAGUCACCAGCUUCUUGCAAUCUAUUUCCCAAGGUGCAAGCUAGGCUGUAGAUCACAUUAUAAUCAUGCUAUGUAUUGGCUCUGAAGGCCAUCACAAGAAGGAUUCCCAAAGACAUUUUUAGUGAUAGCAAUAUCAAAUUAGUAUGUGUCCUCUCAAAAGGGCAAUUUUAGUAGUUCAAAUUUACUUGGAUGCUCAAGUUCUGGUAUUUUAUUGAGAAUAAACUUCUUUGUUUUUAUAGCUAUGUCCUAUUAUUCCCUUUCAAAGAAGAAUAAAAAGUUUAAGCAGUUGCUAUACUUAGCACUUUUUUGGGUCUACGGAAACCAAUAUUGAAUCCUUGAUAAAUAUUUUAUGAUGUCACUAGCUAUAUGAAAUUAGAACUGGCAUAACCCUGACAUUACUAAGUUAGAUUUUUAAGACUGCUUUGGCUUUGCAUUUUACAAUUACUAAAAUUCAUAUUAAAUAAUAUAAUAAUAAAUGAUUCACAUGAAAUGACUAAUUAAAAUCUUUUAUCAGUGUGAAUUCUGGAGGCCAACACUAUUAACUACCAAAACUUUUUAAUUCCUAGAAAAGGAGAGUUUCAGAGGGAGACAUUAAAUAUGUUUCCUAAUACCCAUGUGCAAGUUCAUGACACAAAUCCACUCAUCUAUUUAAAAAUGAUUUCUUUAUAUGACUUAUGUUCAAUAUGUUUCAGUAAUUUCUGUUGUAAGGGAACUGGAAAUGGCAAGUUGCCACACAAUUAAUUGAAUCAACCCUGUGGUUACCCUAACCACUUGAUACUACAGCUAGAAACUCAAAACUGCCUCUUGAUUAGGUGUUUGUCUUUUUGUUGACCUAGACUUAGGUUACAAGAGGAGUGAUUUUACUAGCAAAUGACUGUGUUUGUAUCCAGAGACUUCCUUGUCAUUGUAAUAAAUAAUUCAUUUAAAAAAUUA